AUGUACGUCAUCAGUUACAUUUAUUUCAUCACCGCGGUGCCUGUAAUUGGCGGUGCACUUUUUGGAUUUGACAUUGCAAGCCUUUCUGCUAUCCUCAGAACCCAGCAGUUCAAGUAUUUCUUCAAUCAGCUCGAUACGGAGGAUGGUCGCUGUGGUGGCCCGACCCCAUCCACCCAGGGUGGUAUUUCUGCUGCCAUACCCGGUGGAUCUUUCGCUGGUGCUCUCAUCUCUGGUAUUCUGACUGACUGGCUGGGUCGCAAGUCUGCCAUUCAAGUUAAUUCGGUCAUCUGGUGUCUUGUCGUUUUAUCAACGGAAUUUGUCGGUAUCCUCAGUGCACAGGUCCCUGUGUAUGUUGCCGAGAUGGCUCAGCCAAACAAGUGUGGAAAACUCGACGGAGCCCAGAAGUGGGCUAUCACAUGGGGCAUUCUCAUUAUGUUUUACAUCUCGUAUGGCUCUACCUUGAGGGGAGACCUGAAUGACCGAUUCGUGCAUAUCGAGCUGGAUGAGAUUCGCGCUAUGGAGAAAUUCGAAAGUCAGAGCGAUGACGCCUCCUAUCUGGACCUCUUCCGUGGUAGCAUGAUAUACCGCACCCACGUCGUAUGA